UUAGCGAGCGAGAGGAGAUGGAUGAAAGUUCACCUCUUCGUAUUUAUGUGGAAAGAACACUGGCCAUUAUUAAACCAGAUGCCAUCGACAAAGCUGAGGAGAUAGAGAAUAUUAUCCUAAAGUCGGGCUUCACCAUCCUGCAGAAGCGGAAGCUGCUGCUAAGUCCAGAGCAAUGCAGUGAUUUCUACGCAGAGGAGUAUGGAAAGCAUUUCUUCCCCAGCUUGACGGCCUUCAUGAGCUCUGGCCCCAUCGUUGCCUUGACGCUAGCACGGGACAAUGCUAUCGCCAACUGGAAGUCCAUCAUAGGACCUGUCAACAGUGCCAAGGCCAGAGAAACCCAUCCAGAGUGCCUUAGAGCAAAAUAUGGCACUUCUGAACUACAAAAUGCCCUUCAUGGAAGCGAUUCAUUUCAAGCAGCUGUAAGGGAGAUCAAAUUCAUGUUCCCAAACUCUAUAAUUGAACCCUUACCCUCAAGAGAAGAAAAUGAAGAAUACCUGAGCAGGUAUAUAAACCCAGUUCUGCUACGCGGGCUCACUGAGCUCUGCAUGAACAAGCCACUCAACCCCAUUAUUUGGCUUGCAGACUGGCUCAUCCAAAACAACCCAGACCAACCUCAAAUAUGUGAAGCAGUCGUUGUGGAAGAGGACCAAUGAGAGGCAAACAGUGGGAAAAAGGAGCAACGAGCACAGAGUUUAAUGUCUUUCUUUUUGACUGAGAAAUGAAUCUGUUCAACGCUAUAAUGAAAUAAAUCAUAUUUUCAGUCGUAAGCAUCUGUUUGCUUUCUGGCAUAAAUCAGCAAUAGACUGGUGAUCUGACUAGGUUGUACUUCACCUCUUACCUAAGCCCCAGAAUUUGGGUUAGGAAAAUGGAUGGAUGGAUGGAUGAAAGUUAAAAGUCUUC